AUGAAUCCCUUCCUAGUGCUCGAUUUCCACUUAUCGGAUGAGAAUUUGUUCUUCAAUCCUAACAAUUUUCAGCCGGUAACCUUUGCAAAUAACUGUACUUUUAUUCCACAAUUACAACCUCUUCAGACUCAGCCUCAAUAUAUUACUUCAACAACAGCAUCAAUAACUAAUCACAAUACUUCUAUUAAUCAACAUCCUAAUAAUAUCCAACAACAACAACUCCAUCACAACAAGAAUGGUUUCAACCAACAACAAAUACCUUCCUCAUUCCAGAACGACUCUGUCAGUAGUUCCACUUCCUGCGAUCCGGCCACUACACAUGGAGGAAGCCGAAGCAACCACAACUCUGUUACAACAAAUCAAACUGCUCUUGAGAAUGUAGCAGAAAAUGGCACAUCUCAACCUUCAGAAGAGAACGCUAACUGUGAUAAUGCAGAUGGAACCAUUGCUCCAAUAUCUUGUGAUGCAUGUCGUUCUAACCAUCGUCGAUGUGAUCGUAUCAGACCUUCAUGUCAAGCUUGUAAAAUAAGAGGAAUCCCAUGUAACUAUAGUAUGAACUUUAAGAGAAGAGCCAAGUUUAUUAACAAUAACAGAUUGAAGGAUGAAGAUGUUGCAAUUUUGGAUGUUUAUUACACAGAGUCUGGAUAUCACAUGGUUUCAAGGACAGAGUUGGAACAAUUCUUGUUAGAAUCUUAUAAGUGUAACGGCUCUUACACAACACAAGAUAUGAAAGAGAUGAUAGCCCUGUAUUAUUCAAUUAAAGCAACCUGUGAGUGUCAAAUGGGUCAAAUUGACAAGGCAGAGUUAUCCGCAAAGCAGGCAAAGGAGUAUCUUUCCAAAGUAUUUGAUUGCUAUACCAGUAUGAAGGUUGCUGGAACCUAUCUCAACAUGUGCUUUUAUGAACUGUGGUUUGAGAGGUUACACACAGCCAAGUUUUACUUUCAAACUCUACUCUUCUUUAAAGAAGCUCUUGAGAACUCAAAGGAAGAAACAAAGAAUUCCAUUAGAGAGCAUCUAAUAAUUACAAUCACCUACUUGGAGGAGACCAUAUUUAACAUUCAGGAUAAGAAGAACCUUCAUGAGAGAACCUUCGACAGGUUUUUGCUGACACUCCCAACACUCUUCUCCUAUUUGAAAACUUCAGAUUGUAUGUUUGGUAGUGACUGGGAUUAUUAUUUGAAGAAUCCACACCUAAUUGACUCUACGAAUUGUGUACAGGUUAAUACACUCCUUCAAAAUCUAUUGAGAGAAUGUAAGAGGUAUGAACAGAAUAAUUUUGGAGGAAAUCCAGUUCUGGAUUUGUACUAUGAUGUCAUGGAGAGUGGUUGUACAUUGGCACUGUUGUCAAAAACUAAGGAAAUGAAUUCAAUGAUGGAUUAUGUCUUGGAGAGAAGUGCUACUACUAUUGUAAAUUCGAUUAAUAACCCUAAAUUUGAAUCAAUGCCUUUUGAGAUUCUUCUCCACAUUUCAUUUGCUGCAGAGUAUCAUUUGAAAAAGGUGAGAGAGGGCAUAUUUAUGGGUAGUAUGAAUAAUUGUGAUUAUAUUGAAAUGUUGAGAACUGAAUUAAGAGCCUACCAAACCCUACAAUCAAGAUACAAGAUUGCCAAGACUUACUUUUAUGGUGGAAUAUUCAAGAAAUUGGAUGACUAUUUCAAUAAUCAAUAA